CUCUUCCUCGUCUCUCUCUUUCUCGCGUAUUGUUCUGCCCUUUUGCUUCGACGGGCGAAGUCUUCUUUCGAAAUCCUUCGCGGCUACGGAAAGACCCCGCGAGCUUCCUCCGUUCGUCCUCCGAAUCAAUCGCCUCUCGGGGUUCCUCUGCCUCCCCCUUCCGCUGAUUCUCUUCGGGGAGUGCCUCAAUUCCUAUAUCCUUCCCGAUCUCUUCGUUUUUUUUUUUUUUGAUUCAGAGAGAUCCGUGGGGAUUUCGAUGCCAACCGCCAUGGUUUGAUCUUUUCCCUCCAGUCUGAUUACCCUUCUCGGUCUUGUUCUUUUCGAAUUUAUAUGAAUUCCUAAUGGAAUUGGAUUAAGGAAUCUACUUGCUGCUUCUGGUUGGGGCUUCGGUUGCCAGGACCGCCGUCUUUGUGUUGAUUGAUUUUGUUAGGGUUUUAGUGGAAUUUUUUUGGUUUUGGUUGCCUCGAUGAAAGUGGAACAGAGUUGUGUGGAGAACAGGCAAUUGGCAGGAGCCUCGAGCUCGUCCCUCUCUGAUGGAAGUUACGGUCUGUCGAGGGUUUCGACAGCUAUUUCUAGCCCACUGAAGUCUUCUUCGUCACGGAGGAGGACUAGUGGUCCUAUAAGGCGAGCAAAGGGUGGCUGGACAUUACAAGAGGAUGAGACGCUGAGGAAAGCUGUUGAAGCUUACAAAGGAAGAUGUUGGAAGAAAAUAGCUGAAUUUUUUCCUGAUAGAACUGAGGUCCAAUGCCUUCAUCGGUGGCAAAAGGUUCUCAAUCCCGAACUCAUUAAAGGUCCAUGGACCCUAGAGGAAGAUGAGAAAAUCACCAGUCUUGUAGCGAAAUAUGGACCUACAAAAUGGUCCAUGAUUGCAAAAUCUCUUCCUGGUCGUAUUGGUAAACAGUGUCGAGAGAGGUGGCAUAAUCAUCUAAAUCCUGUGAUAAAAAAAGAUGCUUGGACUGAAGAGGAGGAGCUUGUUCUCAUGAAUGCCCAUCAUGAAUAUGGAAAUAAAUGGGCAGAAAUUGCCAAAGUCUUACCUGGAAGGACUGAUAACUCAAUAAAGAAUCACUGGCAUAGUUCGUUAAAGAAAAAGUUAGAUUUCUUUUUGGCUACUGGCAAGCUUCCACCUGUUCCUGUGGAUGGUUCAAAGGAUAUGAGAAGCCUUGACAGUAGACAAUCACUUCAUUGUUCAAGUGAUGGGUCGGACAUAAAUGCCAGAGCGUUUUCUGAAUCAGCCAGUUCCAUGGACAUUGAUCUCCCUGCUAGACAAGGGUUGGAUGACCAAAAACACAGGUUAGAAUCAUCAACAGUUGAGUCUAAGAUGGAAGCUAUAAACAACUUGAUUGUGAGAAGAAUUCAUGAUCCCAUUGUUGAGUUCAGCACUCAUAUAGAAUCAUCAACAAUUGAGCCUAAGAAGGAAGCUGUUAACAACUUAAUUGUGAGAAUAAUUCAUGAUCCUGCUGUAGAGUCCAGCACUCAUACUCUCACACCUGAUAUCUGCACUAGAUCUGAUCCUGGGACAGAGUUGGCAGAAUGUCGUAACACCAUUGACAAGGAUCAAAAUGUUGAAUCAAAGUUGGAAGCUUUAGCUAAUCCAAAUGUAAGAGGAAUUCACAGUCCCUCUGUACAUUGCAUUAAAGAUAUGCCAACCUUUGAUGUCUCAACUAGAUCUCCAGAAAAUGAAGUCACAGAUUGUAGAAACACUGAUGAGGAUAGUCGACUGAAUUGUGAAUCUGAGCCGAUGCACCAGGAAACUCCUCUUGGUUCUCUCUAUUAUAAGCCACCUCAGGUAGAAGAUAUUUGUCUUUCUGAAAAUUAUAGAGUCAUAACCACAUCUACAAAUAUGCAGCAAUCAUGUGGGUCAUGCGUUGUGAUAUCACCUGAAGGUUACCUCACUCCUUCCUCAGUAACGGCAAAAGGUCCUAUUCAAGAUGUUCAUUCCAUCUUAAAAAACGCAGCUAGAAGUUUCCCAAGCACUCCGUCCAUAUUCUGCAGAGGAAAAAAGAUGGCAGAAACAACUCUUGAUUCUGAUGCUAGUACUUCAGGGGUAAAGUCUGCAAAACUUAUGGACAAUUGUGCUUCUACUGGAGAAGGAAAAAAUAUACAUAAUUUGGAGACAAUUGACAAUUCCAAGUUAAGAUCAAAUCCUUGUGACAAAGGAGACUUAUCAUACAACAGGAAGAACUUUGAUGUUUCUCCCCCAUACAGGUUUAGAUUCAAAAGAACUGCAACUAUCAAAUCUGUGGAGAAGCAGCUUGAUUUUUCAGAAAAUGAUUCUAAUGGGAAAACAAACCCCCUUAUAUUGGACGUGGACACUUAAACUCUACCUAAUUCAGUUACCAUAUUUACAAGCAAACAGGAUGGUAGACUCUGAGCCUUUGUAAAUCUAUAAUAUCAAAUUGGUUAUGACCUGCUCUACAACUUGUGAGUAUCUUGGGAACUUUAGUUUACUUCAAUUGCUUCAAAGUUUUUGAGACUAUAUAUACAGCUCGAUGGAGAUUUCACACAUGAUAGUUUUUUAUUACCAUUUAUUUAUUGACUUCGUGUUAUACAAAACUCAAAGCAAGUUCCCUGCCUGCCUUCUCAUUCAAGUGAUUAUGCUACUAUUCAGUUUCUUUUGUCUUAUUAGGUUCGAGGUUUUCAUGGACCUGAAUGGCUCAAGUCUUAAAGAUAUGAUCCGUCUCUCCCUGUAAUUUCAAAUUGAACCUGAAUAAACAUUCUAUUGCUUGCUGGUCUCUCUUAAUAUGCAUUGAUUGGAAGAAACAAUGAUAUUCUACAAGGAUUUGUUCGUCUGAAUGUGCAUAUGUACAGAAAAUUCUCUCAGUUGAAUAUCAAAAAGACGUUCAGCCAUUGAAAUUACUUAUCUGUACAUAAAAAACCCUUGUCAUUCCAUCAAUAUUUAGAUUUGUGAGGUGAGAAAAUGAUCCUGCUUGAUAACCUUAAUUCUAUGAAGUGGUUACACAAGAGUAAGCAUUCAAUUUGUUUGAGACUCCAAAGGGUUGAAGAACUCAGACCAGGGGUUUGUAUCAUAAUAACGCUUCCUUAUUAUUAUUUCAA